AUGAAACGGUAUUCCAUAGCCCCGUCGCUGUCCAGGCGAAAAUCGGCGGCAGCCUCGGCCUACAAUGAUGAUUCUGCAUUUGCUCGCCAGGAACUAGAACGAUUAGAGCAGGAGACAACGCUAGUAUUACAAGAAAUCGACAAGAAUAUCUCACGGGCCAACUCGGUAAUAAACGACCGAUUGAUUCCCGUCAUCAAAGACUACUCCUCCGAGACCAGGAAGGUGUGGAACAAUGCUGGUUUCUGGAAAUACUUCUUUGAGCAUCUGGCCAAUGUAGAAUUGAAUUCGUACGAGGAUCCCAUAAACACAAACACUGACGUGAAUACAAUUGCUAAUACGGGAAACAAUUUGCUUUUUGACGAUGACGAAAAAGAAGAGGAAAUUGUUGAUGCAAACGAUGAAUAUGAAAAUGACAAUGAUCGUGUAGAUGAACUUCCAGUAUUCAAGCGUCCACUUGUAAAUCAUGGUUCAAUCGUCUACGCCACAGAUCCACAAACGAACAUCGCUCUUACAGCUCGGUACGAUCCUAGCGAAAGCAUCGGACUUCAGAUCCCACCAAUGUUGACUGCAACAUUGUCUAGUAGCGAAGCUACCAACACCAACAGUAGAUCACCUGUUCGUAGAACGCGAUCUCCAUCAAAGACACAAACCUUGCGGCAAUCUCUAGAUGCGUACCACCGAGUGUCGAUAUCUCCGCGAAAGAUCCAAACUCCAUUGAGAACAUAUGAUGAAGUCAGAAGGAGGUCGUCGAUGAUUCGUGAGUUGAUCAACUCGUCUCCGACAUUGCCGGAGCCUCCAAUCUUACAAUCGGAGAUCGGAAACUCGCCCCCACCCGUAAGUCACAAUAGUAAAGACUCUGCUCAAUCGGCUGCAGCUUCGAGCCGAGACGUUCUUUCGCCAGUGUUAAUUGAGUCGGUGUAUUCGCCAGCAAAGAGCAUCCAUUCUUCGGCACAUCGUAAGGGAGCAGCCUCGGCAGAAAACACCAUCCAACGGUUUCCAUCAACUCCCAAAUUUGUAGAAAGACUCAGCGGUGGUGCUGGUGUAGAUAUCAUGAGAACGCCGUUCGGAACUAGACUUCGAUACGGGGACGAUAGCGAUCUCCAGCCUCCUGAGCUCCAGAAUGACGUGCCAUUAAGUUCUACAAUGACUAGGCCCUCUACAGCGGCAGAUGCUUUGCCUGUUGAAGGAUCGAGUAAGAGGAAGAGCGGCGGAACUGAGGGCCUGAGCAAGAGACCCCGGCCUCUUGAAACCAACGACGAUAACGAAAAUGUAUUCUUAGAUUCUACAAACAAGAACGUUUCUGCUGGUUCUACAGUCUACCACUCGAUUUUGCAGCAAGAACGCGACAAGUCUCGGGACAACACCAACCACUCGCAAUCGAGAUCGAUUUCACAGGUGUUUGAUGAUGUAAUCGCGCGAAUCUCAGGAAAAAGGACAGAUACGAAUGUAGAUGAAGGUCAAGCCCACGAUGAGCUUGAACGGGCCAAUGGUCCAGAAGUAAAUGACAUCUUCAAGGAAGUGUCGGGCACACAGGAAGAUGCCAGUCUACAAGACCAUACAGGCAACUCCACCAGCGAAUUGGGGCCGUUACGUGAGCGCUGGAGAAACAUCAACGGGCUCUAG